AAAUCAGAUUCAGUUCAUCUGCACCAACUCUCCAUCCCUAUUCCCUUGUUUCUUAGUUCCUUUGUUUUCUCUCUCUAGACUCGAGAGAGAGAGAGAGAGAGUCCCUUAAGGCAUUCAGAAGCGAGAACUGUUCAAAUGAAGAAACGAAUGCCUUGACACGGCCCGACCUUGAAAACCAACGAUUGUUUUUCUUCUCCUCCUUUUUCCAAAUUCAAUAUCUCAUAAAUUCUGAUCUUUUGCUGCCCUGAAUUGUCAAGAUUUCUUCUUUCUACCAUGAAUCGCCUUCUGGGAUUUCUGUUCUUCCUGGGUCUCUCUUCAAUUGUUUGUUCGGAAGAGAAAUUCGAUUCUCACCUUCCCAGACCGUUAAUCCUCGAAUUCCCUGAAACCCAUGAAUCUCAAUUGAAAGGAUUGGAAGAUGAUGAGCUACGGUUACAGUGUUCGAGUUGGAGAUUUGCAGCUGAGGCUAAUAACCUAAACUCGUGGAGUACGAUCCCGCCCGAAUGCGCCGAAUAUGUGAAGGAUUACAUGACAAGCAGAGCAUACACUUUUGAUCUCGAGAGGGUUUCCAUUGAAGCGACUACUUACGCGAGGAGCCUUCAGCUCGUUGGGGAUGGGAUGGAUGCCUGGGUUUUCGAUAUCGAUGAGACACUGCUCUCGAAUCUUCCAUAUUAUAUCGACCAUGGGUUUGGUUUAGAGGUUUUUGACGGGCGUGAAUUUGAUAAAUGGGUGGAAAAAGCUACGGCUUCUGCCAUAGAGUCAAGUUCGAAGUUGUAUGAAGAAGUUUUGGGGUUGGGAUUCAAGGUCUUCUUGUUGACAGGUCGGAGUGAAAAGCACAGGAGUGUUACUGUUGAAAAUUUAAGAAAUGCAGGAUUUCAGUAUUGGGACAAACUUAUAUUGAGAGCCUUGGAAGACCAUGGAAAAACUGCAACUCUAUACAAGUCGGAGAGGAGAAGCGAGAUGGUGAAAGAAGGAUAUAGGAUUCUGGGGAACUCUGGAGAUCAAUGGAGUGAUUUACUUGGUUACACCAUGUCAAUUCGUUCCUUCAAGCUUCCAAAUCCCAUGUACUAUAUUCCCUGAUAGGAGCAUUUCAUUGACAGCAGUAAACAUUUCAAUUUUUAUCAAAAACCCUUUUAUACCUGAAGUCAGCUAUCUGACUCCUUUCAAGUGUAAAAAAAUCCAAACUCCUAUAGAUCACUGUGUUGGUAAUUUACUUUA